AUGUCUAGUAUGUUGAUGGAUUACAAUUGGACAGAGAUUCUCAAAAGAAAGGAAUUGUUUAGAGAAACGUUUGCUGGAUUUGAUCCCAACACUGUUGCAAAAAUGGGGGAGAAAAAGAUCAUGGAAAUAGCAUCCAACAAAGCAAUAAUGCUAACAGAGAGCAGAGUGAGGUGCAUUGUAGACAAUGCCAAAUGCAUAGUGCAGAUUGUGAGGGAAUUUGGAUCUUUCAGUAGCUAUAUGUGGGCUUAUGUAGAUUACAAACCAGUGAUCAACAGAUACAGAUACCCAAGAAAUGUUCCUUUGAGAUCUCCAAAAGCAGAGGCCGUUAGCAGGGACUUAUUGAAGCGCGGUUUCCGGUUCGUGGGACCGCUGAUUGUCUAUUCAUUUAUGCAAGCUGCAGGAAUGACAAUUGAUCAUCUUGUUGAUUAUUUUAGGUUUAGUGAGUGUGUGAGCAUUGCAGAAAGGCCAUAG